GAGUGAGGGAGGCACAGGAGGAAGACAAGAGGGGAAGAGGAAAGACAAAAAAGAGACGGGGUAGGACGGAGGAGAUUUUAAGUUAGGAAAUAAUAGCCUAUAUAUUAUUUUUACAUAACGCUGCAAAAACAACCAGCUUAUAGCCUACCUAGUUUUUUUGUUUGUUGGCAUUUUAGUGGACCGCAGCAAGUUGUUUACUGUUCAUUCAAAGGAGCAACCAAAAUCUGCAAGCUCAGUAAUACAAACCUUUCCACUUUUACUCAAGGCGAACGCGUGAGGCUGGAAAAUAUUCCCAAACAAGACGCUAUAGCGGACCACUUUUUUAAUCGUUUAACUUAAUAAGAAGAGCAACGGGAAAGGAACAUUUCGAAACAUAUUGUUAUUAUCGUUUAAUUGGUUUUCUUUCCGUUUACCUAACGACCUGAAGCUUACCAUAGCGUAUAGUUUAUUGUUUGAGACAAAAUAGAAAUAGCCUAUCACAAUAUAUUUUUUGUAGACAAUUGCCUUUUUUACAAUAGCUAUUAAUCGUAAAAUAUUGACAACACAGAAUUGCCAAAUAUCAUGCGAGUUUGCAAGAAGGGGGGCACAGUAGAUCGCACUGUUACAUUUUAAACAACUAAAAACGGAUAAGAAAUAGUGUGUAGCCUAUAAAAUAACACUCUGCUUCCUGAAGAUAUUGGGGGACUAUGGCGGCGGUAACGAGCCCAGAGUCAAGCACACAAAGCCGGGUAUAUUUUCAAACGCCUCCCGGUACCGAGGAAACUGAACCCCCGGUACGGAAACAAGGACGGGUGACCGUGAAAUAUGACCGAAAAGAACUGCGAAAGAGACUCAACCUGGAAGAAUGGAUUAUUGAUCAGCUAACGGAUCUAUACGACUGUGAGGAGGAGGCCAUCCCGGAGCUGGAGAUCGAUGUGGACGAGCUCCUGGACAUGCCCAGCGAUGGGGACCGGGCCUCCAGGGUGAAGGAAUUGCUGGUAGACUGCUACAAACCUACUGAUGACUUUGUGACUGCGCUCCUGGACAAGAUUCGAGGCAUGCAGAAACUCAGCACUCCCCAGAAGAAAUAAGAACCCCCCCCCCCCUCCCCCCCUCGACCCCCCCAACUUCCCACAAUUCUGUGCUCUGGGGAGGGGCGGCAGGCAACUGGGUGGGCGCGUUCGGCAGCAGUACCCACAAUCCCUCUGCGCUGCGUGGAAGGAAGCGAGGACCCUCGGCAGUCAAACUCUUUAGCAGCCGGACAAGCAGGGGUUGAUUUGCUUCUAGAACCUUCUUUCUUUUGUUUUGCGGGGUUUGAAGUGUGUGCAUAUUAUCUAUCUUAUCUAUCUCUUAUAUAUCUACAUGCUAUACAUAUGCGUAUGUGUAGUGUGGUACGGCGAUAAUAGGAUGUUUUUUUUUCUUUUUUUUUUACGGGAACUGGUUCCUGUGGGAAUAUGGAUGCAGUACUGUACUGUGUGCAGUCCUUUCUGAAUUAGACCCAGCUAUGAUGUUCAGUGUUAUAGUAGCACUCAUAGGCAGGGGGACGACUAUGAAGCGGCCUUAUUUUUAUUUAUUUGUUUCUUUUUUUUAUGGAUUUCGAGCAGUUAAAAGGGCUUCCUGAAGAAAUGUUGAUUUGUUUGUUAGGAUAUUGAUGAAUUCAGAUUCAGGGGAUCUGUGUGAUGGAGUACCGUGGUUUGGGGAUGUGUAGCAGACCCCCCCCCUCCUCCCCACACCCCCAACCUGAACCCCAAACCUGAACCCCAAACCCCCUCAGGAACUGUGGAAACACACUGCCUAAACACAGCCGUGACCGCACACAGAACACACACAGUUACACCUGGCCCCUCGUUUUGCAACGUGCGGUCCGUCCGAGACUGCCAGGGCACCCGUGGAAAACCCCUCACCGGCCUCUCUGAAGGGAUCCGGGCCCUGUCCAACCCGUCUGCUCAGGGUAAACUCGUGUCUC